AUGGCUAAAGCCCUGUACGACGCUGUAGUCGCUCGUUACUCCUCCCCUGCCACUGCCUACCUUUUUCCCGAGUUGUCCGCCUUUGCCACAGUCGACGACCUAGUCACCCACCUCCGCACUAGUGACACUCGCUACUGCGCCGUGCUUCCCACCAAGUUUCUAGACAAGAACCCUCCCCCCAUGUACAUCGCUCUCUACUUCAUAUUCACCCACCUCCCUGACUCUCUUAGCGCAGUCAAGGACCUCUUUCUCGCCAUGGACCCCACGGACCUCAUUGCUUGUGCUGCUGUUGUUGGCUUCAUUUGUGCUGAGGAGGUCGCGGCUGCGUCUGCUCCUAGUGGGAGGCGCCGCAACGGCACGGGCAAGGGAGGCAAGGGUGGUGGGGGUGGCAACGGUGGAGGCUGUAGUUGGGGGGGCUUGCCGCUGGAGACACUGCCGCUGGAGGCAAUGGAGCUGGAGGCGCUGGAGCUGCUGGUCCUGGAGGUGUUGGAGGUCCUGCUGGAGCUGGAGGUACCGGAGGUGCUGGAGUUGCUGGUUUUGGAGGUGCUCGUGGUGGAGGUACUAGAGCUGCCGGAGCUGGUGGUGCUGCUGGUGCUGGAGGUGCUGGCGGUCCUGGUGGAGCUCGAGGUACCGGAGGUGCUGGAGCUGCUAGUCCUGGAGGUGCUCGUGCAGGAGGUGCUCGAGCUGCCGGAGCUGGUGGUGCUGCUGGUGCUGGAGGUGAUGGCAGUCCUGCUGGAGCUGGAGGUACUGGAGGUGCUGGAGCUGCUGGUCCUGGAGGUGUCCGUGCUGGAGGUACUGGAGCUGCCGGUGCUACUGGUGCUGGAGGUGCUGGAGGUGCUGGAGGUGCUGGAGCUGCUGGUCCCGGAGGUGCUCGUGCUGGAGGUAUCGGAGCUACUGGAGCUGGUGGUGCUGCAGGCGUUGGAGCUGGAGACCCUGGAGCUACAGGCGCUGGAGCUAGAGACCCUGGCGCUCGGGGUACAGGUGUUGUCGGUACAGGUGCUGGAGGCACUGUGCGGCCGCGUCCGUACUUCGUUCUACUGCUUCGCCAGGUUCUUAGAAUAG